UGAAACAAAACAACAAAUUAAUGGAGAGUCUUACUUUUUCCAUUGCUCUUUUAAUCUUGCUAUUGAAUAGCUUUGCCUUCUCCUUGAAUUCUGACACAGAUAAAAAUGCUCUUAUUUCCUUCAAAAAUUCCAUCACUUCCGACACUAUUGCUAUCUUGAGCACCAAUUGGUCUCAAAACACAUCAGUCUGUAAUUGGAUUGGUGUGUCGUGCGGCCUCAAACACGGCCGUGUCACUGCUCUCAAUCUCUCUCGAUAUGACCUUGCUGGAACUGUUGCUCCCCAUGUUGGAAACCUUACGUUUCUAAGAUAUUUGGACAUCAGUUCUAACAGUUUUGUUGGGAUGUUACCCUUUGAGCUCUCUAAACUGCGUCGUUUGAAGGUGAUGAAUUUGGGAACGAAUUCAUUCACCGGAGAAAUACCAAAAUGGUUGGGCAGUUUACCUCAACUGGAGGAACUCUAUCUGUACAAUAACUCUUUCUUAGGUAAAAUUCCUUCGUCUUUGUUUAACAAUUCCAAGCUCCAGACGUUACAGAUAUUACACUUGUCCAGUAAUAAACUGAGUGGAUCCAUACCACAUGUUAUCUUCAACGUGUCUUCCCUAAGAGAAAUCAGAAUUAGAAAUAAUAGCCUAUCAGGUCGGCUCCCAAUUGAUAUGUGCAACAAUAUUCCCAACAUCAAAUUAUUGGCACUCUCUCAAAAUCAACUUGAAGGGCAGAUUCCGUCAAAUAUAUGGAAAUGCACACAUCUUGAGAAGCUGUCAUUAUCCUUGAACAAUUUCAGUGGAAGCAUUCCACGUGAAAUUGGAAGAUUGAGCAUGCUUGCAGAGUUGUACUUGGGGUACAAUAGUGGUUUUCAAGGAGGAGUUCCAUCGGAAAUAGGGAAUCUUUCAAGGCUAGAGAUAUUAAAUAUUGACAGUGCUUCUAUAACAAGGGAUAUCCCAUUUUCAAUCUCCAACCUGUCUUCCUUGACAGUAUUGAGUUUAUCUGACAAUAGUUUGACAGGAAGUAUCCCAAUUUGCCAAAAUCUUCAGGAAUUGUAUCUUCAUAACAACAAGUUCACAGGACUUAUUCCUCUAAAUAUCUGGAAGUGCAAAAAUCUUGAGAUCUUGAACUUAAACAUCAACAAUCUCAGUGGCAACAUCCCUCAUACAAUUGGAAAUAUGAGCAUGCUUAGAGAGUUGGGCUUGGUUUUGAACCAUUUCACAGGACUUAUUCCUCCGAAUAUCUGGAAGUGCAAAAAUCUUGAGAUCUUGGAGUUAGGCUUGAACAAUUUUAGUGGCAACAUCCCUCGUACAAUUGGAAAUAUGAGCAUGCUUAGAGGGUUGGGCUUGGCUUGGAACCAUUUCACAGGACUUAUUCCUCUAAAUAUCUGGAAGUGCAAAAAUCUUGAGAUCUUGAACUUAAACAUCAACAAUCUCAGUGGCAACAUCCCUCAUACAAUUGGAAAUAUGAGCAUGCUUAGAGAGUUGGGCUUGGGUUUGAACCAUUUCACAGGACUUAUUCCUCCGAAUAUCUGGAAGUGCAAAAAUCUUGAGAUCUUGGAGUUAGGCUUGAACAAUUUUAGUGGCAACAUCCCUCGUACAAUUGGAAAUAUGAGCAUGCUUAGAGGGUUGGGCUUGGCUUGGAACCAUUUCACAGGUGAAUUACCACAGGAGAUUGGCUCUCUACUAAUGCUUGAGACUUUCAACGUGUUUAACAAUUCCUUAUAUGGAUUAAUCCCAUCUUCCAUAUUCAACAUCAACUUUGAAGAAUUUACAAAUUACAUAUAAUGACUUUUCAGGUACUCUUCCAUUGGAUUUGGGGAACUCACAAAUCAAUCUUGAAAAGCUUCUUUUGAGUUCUAACAGACUCAGUGGCUCAAUUCCAAGCACUAUCGCCAAUGCUUCUAAACUUACCAUCUUGGAGAUGAAUGGAAACUCAUUU